AUGGAAAUGCAUGGAAAUUCGCAAUCAGAACCGAUCAGUAUGCUAAUACCGAAAAUUUGCUUAUCAAAUGAUACAAUGCAAGAAAAUAUUAUCUCAGAUGCUAAUCUUAAUGGAGAAUCAGUGAAGAUAAAUUCAUCAGUGCAAAUUGGUUUUGACUUUAAUCUAGUGAUUUCAUCGAAACAUAUACCAUUUCGUAUCGUUGACUGUUGGACGGAACAGAACAAUCAUCGGACAAACUUUUUAAAAAACGGUAUCCCUAAAAGAGAUUCUCAAUCGGUUCCACUCUGUCAAUUAUUUGAUGGAACAGAUAAUUUUGAUUACAAUACUGAUCCAUUUGAUAAAUACAAUAAUGUUCAAUCAUCAACCAUCGAUCAAAUGCGAAAAAAAUGGCAAAUUCAACUUCGUCUCGGUUGGGAUGCUUUACCGGACAGUCGACAAAAAGCACUCCAACAAUUACUUCGUACCAAACCACAAUUACAAUGGGAAGCUGUCCCUGAUUUAUCAUUAGAUAAGGAGGAUUUCUUAUCACCAAUAACAAUCUAUCCUAUUAUGAUUCAUUGUUCCAUUUCACCUUUAUCGUUUACGCGAACUUCGGUAAUUACAAGUUUUGGUCCAAUUGGAGUAUUCAUCCCGCAGUUUUAUUUUCUUGAAGAUGCGUUAUUUGCAUGUUGUCCGGUGGAAACAACAAUAGCUUAUGCAAAUUUACUUCGACAUCCACUCCAAAAAAAGCUCUUUUGUUCCAAGCAGGUUUCAACUGCUACUGCUUUAUUGGUUUCAUUGGCAGCAUUUGCAAUUGCUGUUUGCUGUACCGCAAUAACUUUCAAUGUCCGAUAUAAAAAUUAA